AUGUGGAACAUGUUAGUCACUGAGACUAACAGGUAUGCCCACAGUCGAAUGGCCACUUUGGAGAGGUGUGGUCUGCUGGCCCCACAGUCACGCUUCCGCAAAUGGGUUGAUGUGACAGUGGAGGAGAUGAAAAGUUACAUAGGUAUCCUCUUGUCUAUGGGCUUAACCCGUCGCAAAAGUCUCCGUGACUACUGGAGUACUGACCCUCUCCUGUACAUACCUUUUUAUAAGAAAACUAUGCCUUUCAAGCGCUUCAAAAUUAUAACGAGCAUGUUUCAUCUGUCUUCUAACGUAUCUCCACCUUCAUAA